AUGCUGUUGGAAUCUUGCUGGACAGCCCUGGUCCAUUUCUUUAGCUUCCAAUCUUUGUUUUCAUCCCAGCAGUAUCCGCUUGCACCUGAUGGAAGUCUAGAAAAGCCAUCUUUCCCUGACGGGGAACACGGAAAUACUCUCCCGCUAGAUAAUGGCCUCGAGUAUCUGCAUCCACCAGAAGGGGAACUUGACGAUGAUCUUGACAUUCCUGACGAGAUCGAUCGACCCCACCUAGAAGGACCGUCAUUGAAAUUUCGACCUCUGGAUACCCCGUCGGAUAACUUCGAGUGCGAGUAUCCAGGGCUUGAUAGACAUUUUGAUCCACCGUCGAGAGACGAUAGAACAAUUUGGCUGAAAAAGAAACCACAUCGUCGCGGUAAGGAUAUCACGAUCCACACAAACUAUGAGGACUAUGCCCCUCGGGGCAUCGAUCGGCAUGUACGCGUCUCAGUGACGAAUGAUACGAGUAAACCCAAAUAUCUUGAUGGUCGUGACUAUAGGCAGGGAAAGUACUUUGACUUUCAGUACCCUGGCCCACUUAUUGAGGCUUGCUGGGGCGAUACUGUCUAUGUUCACGUAACAAACAAGCUGCAGGAAAAUGGUACUGCGAUUCAUAUGCAUGGCAUUCGCAUGUUGAAUGACAGUCUUGCGGAUGGCGUUCCAGGUGUCACUCAAUGCCCUAUUGCUCCUGGGGAGACUCAUACCUACAAAUUCCGUGCGGUCCAGUAUGGCACAACUUGGUACCAUAGCCAUUACAGUCUGCAAUACACGGAUGGUCUCCUUGGGCCACUGACUAUAUAUGGGCCUGCAUCUACCCCGCAUUAUGAUGAAGCGAUGAAACCCCUCAUCAUAGCCGACCACAAUAAUCGGAGUGCCUUUGAGGAUUGGACUUGGGGAGUCGUUGAAAAACAUGCCACUGGGCCGAUCAAGAUGGAAAGCAUUCUUAUCAAUGGUCACGGCAGCUAUCAGGGCAAAUAUCAGGACAAUCGAUACAAGACGCAGGUCAAGCCAGGCAAGCGUAUCCUUCUCCGGCUGAUUAAUGCAUCAACGGAUACGGCCUACAUAUUCAGCAUCGAUGACCAUGAACUUGAAAUUAUCGGAGCAGACUUAGUGCCUGUGAAGCCGUACAAGAAGACUCAUUUAUAUAUUGGAAUUGGUCAGCGGUACCACGUCAUAUUGCAAACGAAGCCCAGACGCCAUCAUAGACCGAAUUACUGGAUUCGAACAGAGCCAGCCGAACAUUGCCAGAAUUUCGCUUGCCCGCAAAAUGAGAGACAGGGUAUUCUUGCUUACAAUGCAAAUUACCCGCAUGAUCCAACAUCAGGGAAGCACCUAUAUAGCACACAAUGCCAGGAUGAAAACUACACAAACCUGGAGCCGGCGUUCCCCAUUGAUGUGCCGAGGCCGAAACCAUGGCAGUUACGAAAAGUCAAAUUGCCGACCAAAGUGAAGAGGGAUAACUUGACGCUCCCAGCCGAGCCCGAGAACAAUGUUAAAGAAGGGCCAGAAAUCGGAGUCUGGAAGGUCAUGGACGGACCUGCAUGGGUUAACUACCAGGAACCCACUAUUAAGCAUAUCAACAACAGUAAGAAUGACUGGCCAGAAACAGCUGCCCUAAUGGAGGUCAAUAAAGAUAGACGCCAUAGCUCUCCGACAUGGGCCUAUAUGGUGAUAGACGGUGGGCAUCAACCGAAUGAUACAAACGUGCCAAAAGGAAAAGAUAUCGUUCCUGCAGCGCACCCUAUGCAUCUCCACGGCCACGAUUUCGCGCUCCUGAAACAAUCGUAUCAUCCACUCAAUGAUGACAUGUUUGGGGAUAGAAAGAAUCAUAAGCACCCAAAUUCUACUCAAAUCAACGAGUUCAUAAACACCUUUGACCUCAAAAACCCGCCGCGUCGUGAUGUUGUCCUGCUGCCCCGUAAUGGGUACGUUGUGCUUGCCUUCAAGGUCGAUAACCCUGGUCCCUGGCUGCUGCACUGUCAUAUUGCCUGGCAUGCGUCUGGGGGCUUGGCACUGCAGAUUCUCGAAGACAAGCAACGCCUUGCUAGAGGUAUUACAGGUGAUCCGGCCCGCCAUGCAUAUGAUCAGUUGUGCAGAGGCUGUUCAAGUUGGAAGAAAUGGUAUCAUGAGCACACGCCAUUCUCCCAUCGGUUCCAGGAUGACUCGGGAGUUUGA